AUGGGGGAAAUGGAGGCCCCCGCGGUCAGCACGGUGGCGGUGGCGGUCAGCGGGGGCAGGAGCAGCAGGCACGCGCUCAAGUGGGCCCUCGACAAGUUCGUCCCCGAAGGGAGGGUCCUCUUCCGGAUCUUGCACGUCCGCCCGGCUAUCACCAUGGUGCCCACUCCAAUGGGAAAUUUUAUACCAAUCUCACAAGUACGUGAGGAUGUGGCAUCUGCGUACAUAAAAGAAGCAGAAUGGCGAGCCAGUAAUAUGCUAGUUCCUUUCCAGAAGAUGUGUGCUCAGAGAAAGGUAGAAGCUGAAGCUGUUUUACUUGAAUCAGAUGAUGUUGCUUCUGCUAUAAGUUUUAAGAGAUAG